GCAGCGCGGCACAGCGAGUGGAGCUUCCCCUCCUCUUCUUCUUUCUCCUCCUCAUCCUCCUCAUUCUCAUCCUCACUCUCCAGCAGUAGCAGCAGCGCAGAGAGCAGCACAGACAGCAGCACAGCAUCAGCAGCAGCUCUGAGGAGGGACACAGAGCAGUCUGGAUAGAGCACCUGAGAGCACCUGUGAGCACCUGGAGGAGUUUCUGGAGGAGGACAGAAGCAGGAGGAGGUUCUGCUGCUGUUUCUGGGUUCUGUGGGUUGAGCUGGUGAGGAUGGGUGUGUGGUGAGUCUCAGAAGUGUCUCUGAAGAUUCCAGCACAGCACCAGUUAGCCAGUUUUUCGUAGGCUGGCAUGGGAAAGAGCAUCCCGACUCUGCCACUCUGGUUUUCCGAGGUUUGAUCUUUUUUUAAGGAAAGUUGGUCUGGAAUUGUGGGAAUGCUCCUGGAUAGACAAGAGGAAACCUCAGGAUCAGAAGCGUGAAGAAGUGAUAGGAGAUCUCUGGAUAAAAGGAAAGGAUGUUCUGCUGGAGAACCCGUUCCUAAUUGUUCUUCUCCGGUCUCUGUAACUCAGUGCUGCUCUGGAUUGUAGCCGCUGGUGGAGCUGAACGCUGAGGAAGUGGAGAUGUGCGUCUGAGGAGCUUCACUCCGCGUCCGGAGAUCACAGCGUCUUUAAAACGUUCGGAGUUCUGAGGGAUUUAUCAUGAUUCUACUCAAUGCUCUGACUGUCCUCCUCUUACUGGAUGAUGCAGUGGGCUCCAUGGUGGGCUCCUCCAGUCUGUCUGGGCUGGACGCUCAGGGCUGGCGGGCUCCGAUGGACUGCCUGCGGGCGAGUGAGAUGUGCAACCAGAACCCCCAGUGCAGCUCCCGCUUCCGCAUCAUGCGCCAGUGCCUGGUGGGCCGGGACAGGACCACCAUGCUGGCCAACAAGGAGUGCCAGGCUGCGCUGGAGGUCCUGCAGGACAGCCCGCUGUACGACUGCCGCUGCAAGAGGGGCAUGAAGAAGGAGCUGCAGUGUCUGCAGAGCUACUGGAGCAUCCACAUGGGUCUGAACGAAGGUGAAGAGCUGUACGAGACGUCCCCCUACGAGCCGAUGAUCUUCUCGGACGAGUUCCGGCUCGCCUCCAUCAUUUCAGCGAUGGACUCGGCCCUGUCUAAGGGUAACCUGUGCUCGGACACCGGGAAGCCCUGUAACCCCUGCCUGGACGCGGCCAAGGCCUGCAACCUGAACGACACCUGCAAGAGGCAGCGCUCCGCCUACAUCGCCACCUGCAACCGGGCCACGCCCAUCGCCCACACCCAGGAGCCCUGCAACCGCAAGCGCUGCCACAAGGCCCUGCGGCAGUUCUUCGAGCGCGUGCAGACGGAGUUCAGCUACCCACUGCUGUUCUGCUCCUGCAGGGACAAGGGCUGCGCCGAGCGCCGCCGCCAGACCAUCGUCCCCGCCUGCUCCUUCGAGGAGAAGACCAAACCCAACUGCCUGGAGCUCCGGAGGACCUGCCGCUCAGACCCUCUCUGCAGAUCCAGAUUGGCAGAUUUCCACAUGAACUGUCAGACGACUCCGCACUCCAUAACGAGCUGCCCUAACGAUAACUACCACGGCUGCCUGGUGUCGUACGUGGGUCUGAUCGGUUUAGACGUGACCCCGAACUACGUGGACUCCAACCACACCAACAUCACCAUCUCGCCGUGGUGCGGUUGCCGGGGCAGCGGGAACCAGGAGGCGGAGUGCGAGGCGUUCCUGCGGGACUUCCGGGAGAACGUGUGUCUGAGAAAUGCUAUCCAGGCGUUUGGUUACGGAGCUGAUGCCGGUUUCCUCCCUUUCACUGAGUCUCAGUCGGCGUUUCCCUCAGAGAGACCCAACCUGCAGCCGGCCAUCAUCACCAAACCAGUCAUCAGCUCCAACGACAUCAAACCCGUCGACGGUGCCUGCGUCUUCUCCACCUGCGCCAACCUGAAGGAUGGAGUCCAGAAGUGCUCCCCCUCCAACAGCUUCGAAUGUGCAGACGAGAGCAUGCUGGACCCCAACAUGGACGGCUCCAUCGACUCCAUGGGCUCCCACCAGUCCGAGAACAACAGAGCCAGGCAGUCGUCCGCGUCUCCGGCCGGCGUCUCGGCGGCCACCGUGCUCCUGUCCAUCACGCUGAUCAGUCAGGUCCUGUAAAUACACCCCGGAUACACACCACGCCAAGACCAAUCUGAUGGACCUCCCCCUCCCCCACCUCAACCCUGACCAACAGACUGGAACCAAGACUCUGAUCCUCCUCUCUCUUCACUUUAAGUGUGAAUAUGUCUCACCAUCCAUCUCCCACCAGAACGAUCCACGGCAAAGGAGUACACACCGCGCAGACGAGUACAAACUACUGCAGACAAGUACACACCAUGGUAAAUGAGUACUAAUCCACUGCAAAUCAGUAUGAACCAUGACAAAUGAGUCUAUACUACAGCUAGCAAAUAAGCAACCACGGCAAGGAAGUACGAACCAUGGCCAAUGAGUACAAACCACUGCAAAAGAGUACGAACGGUAAACGAGUACGAAUCCACAGCAAACGAGAAAGAACAAUGGCAAAUGACUACGAAUUCACAGCACAUGAGUAUGAACCAUGGCAAACAAGUAAGAACCAUGGCAAAUGAGUAGGAACAAUGGCAAAUGAGUAUGAACUGCGGCAAAUGAGUAUUAACUGCGGCAAAUGAGUACGAACCACAGCAAACAAGUAUGAACAACGACAAUUCAAUAAGAACAAUGGUAAAUGAGUACAAACAACGGCAAAUGCAUAAGAACCACGGCAAACAAGUAUGAGGCAUGGCCAACAAGUACGAACUACGGCAACUGAGUAUAAACCAUGGCCAAUGAGUGUGAACCAUGGCCAACAAGUACAAACCAUGGCAACUGACUACAAACCAUGGCCAAUGAGUAUGAACCACGGCAAAUGAGUAUGAACCAUGGCCAACAAUUAAAAACCAUGGCAACUGAGUACAAACCACAGCCAAUGAAUAUAAACCACGGCAAAUGAGUAUGAACCAUGGCCAACAAGAACGAACCAUGGCAAAGUAUGAACUUUGACCAAUGAGUACAAACCACAACCAAUGAGUAUUACCAUGGCAAACGAAUUUGAGCCACGGCAAACAAGAAUGAACCAUGGCAAACGAGUAUGAACUACAGCCAACGAAUACAAACCAUGGCAAACGAGUAAUCUGAAUGCGUAGUUGGAAUUCAGUUCAAAGAGGAACGUUCGUGAUUUCAGCUCAUUUUUUGAGAAAAACAACAAAUCGAGGGUCUACAUUCCACAUGGUCUCAGCAUUUUUCUAUGUCGAUGAUUGAUUGUCCUAAUGUGUAACCACACCCAAUUCAGAAGCUUCGUGCUGAAAAUACGCCAGUACUCGGGUUUCUAAAGCAGGAGUACGGUAGUGCUAAUGGUAUUACCACUCAUUCUGAUGUAAAAGCCUCCAUUAUUGGACAUGAUAUGUAUUUAUAUAUAUUUCAUGUUUUUUUUUUUGUUGCAUAAAUUUCAUAAAAUUCUCAUAAAACAUGAUCUGAUCCUACAGGUCAAUACAAGUCAAAAGCAUUGAUUAAUAUGUUUUGCCAAAAAAAAAAAAAAAAAAAAAAAGAAUCUAGAACAGGAAUGUAGAAAUUUGUUUGUGGCAGAUUUCAGUCCAUUUGCACCAUCAAUUCUAUACACUCAUCACAUAUCCUGCUUCCCCUAAAGGAUUUAAUUUCAAUUGGAAAUUAUCGCAAUAGAUAUUAAAAAAAACAUAUCAAUCUAAUCAGUGUUUAUUUUUUUUUCGAUCAUGUGUUAUAGGUGGCCUGUUUUUCUUAUUUAUAAAACUUAUACUUUUAUUUAAUUUGUAUUAUUUGUAUUUAGAAUAAUAUGUUUGUGGCUGAUUUCAGUUCAUUUGCACCAUCACUUCUGUACACGCAUCACAUAUUCGGCUCCCCCUAGAGGAUAUAAUUUGAAUUGCAAUGAAACAAACUGAAAUCCAUUAAUUAUCGCUGUAGAUCUUUUGAAAAACAUAUCAGUAAAAUCAGUGUUUAUUUUAUUUUUUAUUCUAUUUUAUUUUUUUUUUAUUUUAGGUGGCAUUUUUAUUUUUAAAAAACGUAUACUUUUCUUUAAUUUAAUUUAAUUUCAUUUCAUUUCAUAUAUAAUAAUUGGUUUGUGGCCGAUUUCAGUUCAUUUGCACCAUCACCUCUAUACACGCAUCACACAUUCUGCUCCCCCUAGAGGAUGUAAUUUGAAUUGCAGUGAUGAACAUGCUUUAAAUUAAGUUUUGACAGUGAUGAAUCAAUCAAUGGAAAUCCAUUAAUUAUCGCUAUAGAUAUUUUGAAAAACAUGUGAAUCAAUUUUUCAUCAUGUGUCAUAGGUGGCUUGUUUUUUUUUUAUAAAAGUGUUCUUUAAUUUAAUUUCAUUUCAUUUAACGUAAUAAUUAGUUUGUGGCUGAUUUCAGUUAAUUUGCGCCAUCACUUCUAUACACUCAUCACACAUUCUCUAUACACAGCUAUACACGCAUCACACAUUCUCUAUACACAGCUAUACACGCAUCACACAUUCUCUAUACACAGCUAUACACUCAUCACACAUUCUCUAUACACAGCUAUACACUCAUCACACAUUCUCUAAACACAGCUAUACACUCAUCACACAUUCUCUAUACACAGCUAUACACUCAUCACACAUUCUCUAUACACAGCUAUACACUCAUCACACAUUCUCUAUACACAGCUAUACACGCAUCACACAUUCUCUAUACACAGCUAUACACUCAUCACACAUUCUCUAAACACAGCUAUACACUCAUCACACAUUCUCUAUACACAGCUAUACACGCAUCACACAUUCUCUAAACACAGCUAUACACUCAUCACACAUUCUCUAAACACAGUUAU